UAUUGUCAAGUUAAGGUUGAAAAUUCUCUAAAUUUAUACAUUUAGACAGUCCAAAUUUUAUGUUUCUUUCUUCUUUUAAAAUGGUGUGCCGCUUCAAUCCAUUUUAUAUUGGGCCCACGCCCCCUAGCUGCUGCACGGACCUAAAACCCGAAUGCGACUGCCCACCGUGCUCACCAGAUACAGGGUAUCAGGAGCCUCGACCCGUGCACGAGGAGUGCAACAAGGGUGUCUCCAAAAAAGAAACCAAGGAGAGCAAGUGCAAUCCACCCUGCAUAGAAGCCCCCAAGAAGGAAAAGAAGGAAAAGUCUAAGAAGUCCGAAAAAACAGAUAGCAAAAACAAUAAAUAAAAUUACUUUUUAAUAGAAAUGUA